AUGAAUUUAGUCGCCCUCGCCUGCAUUAGCAACAUUCAGCUCGUCUUAUCUUCCUUCACGAUUCGCAAUGGGGCAAUCCCAAACUGUUACCUGAGGCCGCAAGGGUGUCAAGGGAUAGGUCGGCUUCUGUCAGAAGCCCAAGUCGCCGUAUACAACUUUCCAACUUCGGAUUUCUGUGGUGAAAAAUACCUAAAACGUCCUUCUUGUGACAAUUGGCGUGAAAAGUUGUACUACGAGUGUGAUGCCUGCUCCAGGCUCUUUCGCCAGAACAAAGGGCCCUCUAUGGAUCAACGCGCCUCAACCUGUCGACACUACAACAAAGAGCCCGUAGAACGACCAACACUGCCACUCUUGGACCAAUCGUCAUUGGCAACAGGCCCUUCAAUCGCGGCAGACUAA